UUAUCAGUUAUCUCUGAAAACGACAAGCCCACUUCGCUUCACGAGCCCCAUUUUCGUAUUGCCCUGCCUCUGCAUCUCUUUCGGCAAGAAUGGCGGCCCUCUUCUUCGCUUCCUUCUUCUCUGCACUUUUCUAUUUACUUCUCCUUGUUCAGAGCUCCAAAAGCCCAGACUUAGAAGCUCUCAUGGCGUUUAAAGCUGCGUCAGACACGUUCAACAAGCUCUCAACUUGGAACUCCAGCACAGACCCUUGUACUUCUUGGUCCGGCGUCUUUUGCCUCCAUAACCGAGUCUCUCGUAUCGUUCUCGAAGACCUUGAUCUCCGAGGCUCUUUCGAGCCUUUGACUUCUCUAACCCAGCUUCGAGUUCUGAGCCUCAAGCAAAACCGCCUCUCCGGCCCCAUUCCGAGUCUCUCCAAUUUCACGGCCCUGAAACUUUUGUACCUCUCUUACAAUGAGUUUUCCGGUGGGUUCCCGGCGACUCUCACAUCGCUUUUCCGCUUGUACCGUCUUGAUCUGUCUCACAAUAACUUAUCCGGCGAGAUUCCGGCCACGGUCAACCAUUUGACCCACGUUCUCACUCUGUGUCUUGACGAGAACCGUUUCUCCGGCAACAUUCCCAGUCUGAACCUUCCAAACCUGCAAGAUUUCAACGUCUCCGGGAAUCGCCUCUCCGGCGAAAUUCCCAAAUCACUGUCGCGUUUCCCUCAAUCGAGUUUCGCCCUAAACCCGUCUCUCUGCGGAGCUCCGAUGCAGAAAUGUGCCAACUUUGUGGCCGAACCCAGCAAACCCGGAUCUGAAGGAGCCAUUGCGUCGCCAUUAACUCCGCGAAGUAACCCACCACGACCACCAAAUAUAUCAUCCACACCGAGCUCCAUGCCUGCAAAUGAAGCAACAACUCCCAGAAAAUCCAACUCACCAGCAAAAAUUAGCCCCCUAGCUCUGAUCGCUAUUAUUCUUGGCGACAUUGUGGUUCUCGCUGUUGUCUCUCUUCUUCUCUACUGUUACUUCUGGCAAAACUACGCUGCGAAAUUGAAAGAAGGAAAAGGUUCGAAGCUCAUGGAGAGCGAGAAAAUCGUGUACUCAUCGAGCCCGUAUCCGGUGCAAUCGGGCUUUGAGAGGGGUCGAAUGGUGUUCUUCGAAGGGGUGAAGAAGUUCGAGCUAGAGGAUUUGCUUCGGGCUUCAGCGGAAAUGCUGGGAAAAGGCGGGUUCGGGACAGCGUACAAGGCUGUUCUGGACGACGGCAGCGUUGUCGCCGUCAAGAGACUUAAAGACGCUCAGAUUGGCGGGAAGAAAGAGUUCGAGCAACACAUGGAAAUUCUGGGAAGGCUGAGACAUCCGAACAUUGUUCAUCUGAGAGCUUACUAUUUUGCCAGAGACGAGAAGUUGCUGGUCUCCGAUUACAUGCCCAAUGGAAGCUUGUUCUGGCUUCUUCAUGGUAACCGAGGACCUGGGCGGACCCCACUGGACUGGACCACGAGGCUUAAAAUAGCAGCUGGAGCGGCGCGUGGAGUGGCUUUUAUUCACAGCUCGUGCAAGUCCCUUAAGCUCACCCACGGUAACAUCAAGUCUACAAACAUCCUCCUCGACAAGGCGGGAAAUGCGCGCGUUGCAGAUUUCGGGCUCUCCAUCUUUGCUGGCCCCACCGCCCCGAAAUCCAACGGUUACCGUGCUCCGGAAGCCCUUGACUGUCGGAGGUGCACUCAGAAAUCCGACGUGUACUCCUUGGGCGUCGUCAUGCUGGAGAUCCUCACCGGGAAGUGCCCCUCCUCCGUGGACGGCGGAGGCUACGGGGGAAGUGCGGUGGUGGAUCUUCCGAGGUGGGUACAGUCGGUGGUGAGGGAGGAGUGGACGGCGGAGGUGUUUGAUCUUGAGCUCAUGAGGUACAAGGAUAUUGAGGAUGAGAUGGUGGGGCUGCUUCAGAUUGCUCUGGCUUGUACAGCGGCUGCGCCUGAUCAACGGCCCAGCAUGAGCCACGUGGUCAAGAUGAUCGAGGAGAUACGUGGGGUCGAGGUAUCGCCGUGUCAUGACACGUUCGACUCUGUGUCUGAUUCGCCUUCCGUGUCUGAAGAUGCUUCUUGAAGCUCUUCUUAUUCAGAGCGGGAAAAAAAGUAUUCAGGUUUUCCUUGAACCAUCUUUUAAAUAUUUAGUUAGAUUAAUCGAUUGUCGUGAUUGUGAUAAUCAAAUCGUUGCCAAAUGAAAAUUUGUGAAAUUAGCACUAUUUUUUUUUUUGCCAAAAAAUUUGCACUAAAGUUAAAGUUGAUAUCUUUAUUUCUCCUCGCGAAAGAAGGGUUGUCAUGUGAGAACCGAAGACAUUGAUACAAAACAAAAUGAGAAGGUGGAACAGA